AUGGCUCCGAGAUAUGCUUUGGAAAUUGUAAAUAGAGCUUUGAAAUAUAUCAUGAAUAAUGAUCUACCGUUCGGAGGCAAAAUACUGGUUUUAGGUGGUGAUUUCAGGCAGCUAUUGCCAAUUAAAGUAAAAGGAACACGAGAUGAAAUAUUAAAUUUAUCUAUAAAAAACAGUCAUUUAUGGACACAUUUUGUAAAAUACCAAUUACACACAAAUAUGAGAGUUUUACCGCACGAAAUUGAAUUUGCUAAAUAUUUAUUGGAUGUCGGAAAUGGAACAUUAAAUGAUCAGGAUAACAAUAUAGAAUUACCACAACAUUGCAUACUUCCCGCGAAUGAAUGUAUUGUUCAAAACAUUUUUGGUACACUUAUCACAAAUAAAAAUUUUGAUGAAAUAAGUAAUUGUGCUAUUCUUUCUGCCAGGAAUGCUGACGUAGAUGACAUGAAUGACAGAAUUACUAAUUUAUUGGAUAAAAACAGUGAGCAUAUAUAUACUGGUAUUGAUAGCACGGAGAAUUGUGAUAAUGGUGAAAUGGGAAAUAUUCUUUUACCAGAGUAUCUUAAUUUAUUAAAUCCACCAAACUUCCCUCCUCAUAUAUUGCGUUUAAGACGAUUUUGCAUAGUUAUGGUAGUGAGAAAUAUAAGUCUCAGUGAAGGGUUGUGGACUUAUGAUACCUUACGUUUAGAUGAAAAUAGUGUAAUUGCUGAUGAGGCUUUAAUGAUCGGAAAUAACGAAGUGGAAGAUGAAUAUCUAAUGAGACAUUUGAAGAAGAGAAUGAAGUUACUGAAAAUAUUGAUAUAG